AUGGAGGUGGAGAGCGACAGCGAUGGAACAGUGAUAGGGAACAAAGAAGGAUAUCGAGUAUGUCGCGAAGCAACGCCACCGCGUCAACGACGUCGUCGACUCCUCCUUUCAACCGACAGCGCCUUCGCCGAUGCAGUCCUCCCGUCCCUUAUUCAGAAUUCCCACAUUGAAUUGCGCUUAAUCACCGACGAACCCUCGGCGCUGUUGACCGGAACCAACAAAAUCCCUCAUUACAUGGACUCGGUGGAUGGCCAAACCUUUGAUAAGAAGACCGGGGCGCGGAAAUGGCUCAAGGCGAAAACGGCUGAACUCUGCGAAUGGGCAGACAUGCUACUAGUUGCUCCCAUUGACGCUGGCGCUCUGGGAUCGAUGCUAGCGGGGUUGACCAACACUUUGACCUUGGCACUUCUGCGGGGGUGGGUGUCUUCAAAACCUGUCAUUCUCAUACCAGGCAUGACGUUAUCAGAAUGGGAUCACCCGUUAAGUACUCGCCAGUUGGAGGAGAUUAAGCGAUUCUGGUCGUGGAUCCGCAUCGUGCAGCCUGUAUUGUGGAAGUCCAACGGACCCGAAGAUUUGACACUACUUCCAUGGCAUGGAUUGAAUGACCUGCACGAUAUGCUUGAAACAUGCUUAAGCCUGCCUCCAUGGGGCGCUUCCCUCAGUGGAGGGAAUUCACUCACAGGAAGUGGAACAGAGACGUCAUCGUCAUCAGCAGCGACAUCAAACAAAACGUCCGAUAAUAAGACUGCCUCUGCCCUCCGACACCUUCAAACCCAUUGGCCGAAUCCAGAGGCAAAGGUGCAAUCUUUACCCCUCGAGAUUUGGCUCAUCAUUUUUGAAGACCAAUUACGCGAUUGGGAAACCGCCAAGGCAGUUGGCAUCCCAACAAAUAUUCCUGUCCCUCAGGAAUGGCAAAGUCAUUUGUUAAAAAUGUCAACACCCGCUUCCCUCGAGUACACUAUCCUUCGCGGCUCGUUCGCGGCCAUUACGAAGCGUAUAGACGCUUUGCCGCGCAUCUCGAUCUUCUCUGGACAACGUCCCGUCUCAACCAACAUCCCCUACCGAGCAUCCGCGAUUUACGGCAACCCGACUGUGUUGACGUGGUGGCGUGACGCUCCCGCUCUACCAAAUAAGGAGUACAUGGCCGAUGCGAUGGACGGAGCUUCACGGGCAGGAUUUACUCACGUUUUGGACUGGUGGCUGGAUUCUGGACUUCCUUUGCGAUAUAGCGAACGGGCUCUCGAAUCUGCCAGCGCCGAGGGUCAAGUUGCGGUUCUUGAUUGGUGGAAAACAGCCUCAGCCCAAUCUUCCCCAUAUAACCCUGUCCCUCUGAAAGUUGGCAAAUCCGUCCUACUAGCAGCACAGUCCGGACGAACCGAAUCCUUAGCUUGGUGGGACGCCUCUGGGAUCCCGUACAGCCACGCUGAGAAUGUUGCCCGCAUUGCUAGCACCCACGGCCAUGUCCAUGUUCUUGAUUUCUGGUACCGGUUAAAGGGACCCAAAAUGAUAUUCGACAACCAGGUUCUUGUCGGACCAACAAAGAACGGCCAUGAUCACGUUCUACAAUGGUGGAAGGACUGCGGGUUGCGGGUCGAGUUCAAGACUUGUGAUAUCGAGGAGGCUCUCGAGGAUGCCGUAUCUGGCACGGAUGAGCGCGUUCGCCGCUGGUGGGAACGGAAUGGCCUCAACUUAGGCCUCGGAACGCGAGAAUGGAUGAAGCCGAAGGUGCUUUGA